AUGGAGUGCUUUGAAAUCCUUUACGAGCGUGCACUUCAGGAGUCAGCUAAGGUGUACGAAGAAACCUUUAGACAGUUUGAUGGAAUUGAAACGUCGUUAACUCAUGGUGGGCACAAGCCUUUAGAGUUACCAGACAUGGGCCAUCCUGUUGUUACACCAAUAACGUUGUCAACGACAUUUCAGCAGUUAAAACCUGCUACUGGGAAGUACGAGUACGCUCGGUCUGGCAACUAUUCCAGACAUGUCUUAGAAAGUUGCAUAUCAACAAUUGAAAACAGUGAGGGAGCAUUUGUCUUUGCUUCUGGCCUUGCUGCUCUUGGCGCGUGCCUCGAUUUGUUGAGCCAUGGAGAUCAUAUCAUUUCUUUUGAUGAUCUGUAUGGAGGUACUGGAAGAUAUUUUCGAAAAAUUGCUUCAAGACACGGUCUGGAGUUUAGUUAUGUGGACAUGCGCAACCCUGAACUUAUUAAAACAGAAUUGAAACCGAAUACCAAGAUGGUUUUUAUUGAGACUCCAUCAAAUCCCUUGAUGCGAUUGGUUGACAUUGUUGAGGUUUCGCGUAUUGCCCAUGAAGCAGAUCCCAACAUUCUUGUUGUUGUCGACAACACUUUCAUGUCGCCUUACUUCCAGCGGCCACUCGAACUAGGUGCAGAUAUCUCCUUAGCAUCGCUAACAAAGUACAUGAAUGGUCAUUCCGAUGUGAUUAUGGGUUCGGUUGCAAUUCGUAAGGGCCUCCCUGAAGUGCAAAGUCAAUUGAAAUUCAUCCAGAACGCCGCGGGUGCAGUUCCGUCCCCAUUCGACUGCUUCCUCUGUCUACGCGGUCUCCGUACUCUGGCGGUGCGGAUGCAAGCGCACAUGCGAAAUGGGCUCACCAUCGCCAGCUUCCUCUCACAACACCCCAAAGUCGAGGCUGUUCUGCACCCAGGACUAAAAAGCCAUCCACAGUGGGAGUUAGCACGGAGACAGAUGAGAGGAUUCAGUGGGAUGAUCUGCGUCUUCCUCAAGGCAGACGCCAAACAGACGGCCGACUUUGUUAAGAACCUCAAAUUGUUCCUCUUGGCUGAAAGUCUCGGUGGGUAUGAGAGCUUGAUUGAAAUUCCGUCUCUGAUGACGCAUGCCUCAGUGCCCGAGGAGACGAGAAGGGUUCUCGGAAUAACCAACAGCAUGCUACGCCUCUCCGUGGGCCUUGAAGACUGUCGCGACUUGGCGAAGGACCUCUUCGACCAGCUGGAAAAGUUGUAA